ACUCUGUCAGAGGCAUUUACCUGAGAAAGAUCCAGAGAGAGAGAGGAGCAGCAGCCAUGGCUGGUCUACAAAGAUCUGCAAUUUCAUUUAGGAGGCAAGGCUCGUCUGGUAUUGUGUUUGACGAUAGAAUCUUGACCGGAGAAGUACAAAUUCCACAAUCGACUGACAGAAAACCACCACAAGAAGAACAAAAAGAAGUAAUUGAUGCCAAAGAUAUGAAGCCAGCGAGACCGACAAUCAGCACCAUCGAUAGAAGCCGAUCCAACGGCGGAGGACGGGGCUACAGAACCGGAAAGGCGUCUCCCGCAGUUGAGCCUCCGUCGCCGAGAAUCUCCGCAUGUGGCUGUUUCGGAAAUACAGGGAAGAGUAGUAAACGACCUAGAGCUGGUAAGCGUAGAUCCCGAUAGUUUUCCCGGUCACCGGUGAUAAGAUAUUCCCUCCUGCCAUCCGUUAUUGCCUUAUAUAUAUAUAUAUAUAUAUAUAUAUAUCUACUCUAUAUGUGAGAGUCCUCCAAACCAGAAAAAAUAAUGAAAAGUAGUUACUGUUCGAGUUUUCUCUGUUCAUUAGAUUACAUAAGAGAGACGAUUUUGUGGUAUUUUGGUAUUGAAUGUAAUUAUGUGUAAAUCUGUACAAAGCAAACCUUGAUCCCUCUCUUGGUAUAUCUAACUUUUGUUAGCACUGCAAGUCUGCAACUAUGUCUAUGGUUUCAUUCUGGAAUCAAUUCCCAGAAUUUCAAUCGGA